UAUAAAGCUAAAAAAAAAAAAAUAAUUUAAAAUACUUAAAAUUUGUAUUUCACGGAAAUUUGUGAGAGUAAAAUACUUUUUGUUUAAAACUGUUAUAAACCAAAAACGUUUUGGGGGAGAAAAAUUUAUUGUAGAUCACCAUGUUUUAUGACCAACAUAAGCAUUUAAUAGUUUUGAACAAAAUAAUAUGUGAUACAUUUAUUACCUUAAUCAUCAGAUAAAUUAUUAUCUUUUACAACUAAAACAUCUCCUUUUUAUCAAGAUUUUUUAUUUCCUACAAACCUUUACUUGUUUGUAAUUAAGAAGGGAUUUGUGUACUCCUGAAAAUAUCAGUUGUCUAACCUGCAGUUGCGAAAAGAAAUUUGCGGUAUGGUGACACAGAAUGAAGUAUGCAAGUUUGAAAGCUGUAUCAAUUUAUGUUGAUAGAAUGCUUAUUUGAAAAACUUGACUCAGAGUUCAUUAGUUAGAUAUCGCAACAAUUAUUUUUUUCAGCUGAAAGUAUUUUGAACAACGUAAUUGUCGACAUGCCUGCAUAUAAAGUGAAGGUGAAGUGGGGCAAGGAGACGUACCCCGACGUGGAGGCCAACACGGACGAGGACCCUCUGCUGUUCAAGGCACAGCUGUUCGCGCUGACGGGGGUGCAGCCCGAGAGGCAGAAGGUCAUGCUGAAGGGCAUGACCUUGAAGGAUGACGACUGGGGGAACAUGAAGCUCAAGGACGGCGUGACCGUGCUGCUGAUGGGCAGCAAGGAGGAAGACGUGCCCGCCGAGCCGGCCGUGAAGCCCGUCUUCGUGGAGGACAUGAACGAGAGCGAGCUCGCGACCGCUUUGGAGCUGCCGGCCGGCCUCACCAACCUCGGCAACACUUGCUACAUGAACGCCACCAUGCAGUGCCUCAAGACGGUCCCCGAGCUCAGGGACGCCCUGCGCGACUUUGACGGCAGCGUGAUGCUGUCGGGGUCGGGCGCGCCAGCCCAGUCCAUCACGGCGGCGGUGCGCGACCUGUUCUCGGCGAUGGAGAAGGGGGCCAGCAUCCCGCCCAUCAUCCUGCUGCAAGUGCUGCACCUGGCGUUCCCACGCUUCGCCGAGAAGAGCGAGCACGGCGGCUUCCAGCAGCAGGACGCCAACGAGUGCUGGACCGAGAUGGUGCGCAUGCUGCAGCAGAAGCUGCCGCCCCGACCGCCCACCACCGCCAAGUCGCUGGUGGACCAGUUCUUUGGGGGCACGCUGGACGUGGAGUUGAAGUGCACGGAGACCGAGGACGAACCCGCGACCCACAGUCAGGAGACCUUCCUGCAGCUGAGCUGCUUCAUCUCCCAGGACGUGCGCUACAUGUCGUCCGGCCUGCGAUCCAAAAUGCAAGAGCAAAUUACGAAAAUGUCGCCAACGUUAGAACGCGACGCAGUGUAUACCAAAACGUCGAGGAUCAGCAGGCUGCCGGGCUACCUCACCAUCCAGUUUGUGAGGUUCUACUACAAGGAGAAGGAGGCCAUCAACGCCAAGAUCCUGAAGGACGUCAAGUUCCCGCUGGAGUUCGACGCGUUCGAGCUGUGCUCCCCGAAGCUGCAGCAGAAGCUCACCCCCAUGCGCUCCCGCUUCAAGGAGCUCGAGGACCGGCGGGUGGAAGAGGCACAGCAGCUGUUGUCUGCACCGAAGCAGAAAGGUGACAACGUGGCCAAGCAGACGACCAAGGCAGAGCCCUACUGGUUCGAGGACGACCUGGGCUCCAACAACUCGGGCUACUACACCCUGCAGGCUGUGCUCACGCACCGCGGCCGCUCCAGCUCCAGCGGACACUACGUGGCGUGGGUGCGGCAGAAAGGUGACAGCUGGAUCAAGUGUGACGACGACCAGGUGUCGCCCGUCACCUCCGAGGAUGUGCUGAAGCUGUCAGGGGGAGGGGACUGGCACUGCGCCUACGUGCUGCUGUACGGACCCAAGCUGCUGGAAGAACCGCUUCAGGACUCGCCCGGCACGGAGGCCGUGCCUAUGGACACCUCGUCGUCUGUGUCGCAGUGACGUGUUCCGCCCACGCACGCCUGCUUUUCCCCCCGCCCUAUCACACGCUAAAUAAAUACAUUUGUUAACAUAGUUUUUUUUUUUUUUUAAUUAUUGUUGAGAGGACUGUGAAUGUUAACUUCUGAAUGUCAUAUAUUUAGCAGGUUAUACGUGAAUGCUUUUGAGUCGAAUUUAUAAAAUUAAUUCAUUUCA